AUGCGGUGGCAACCGCGGAUCACCAGCGUAACGACCAUCAGUGGAGACACGUUCCGGUGUACUGGAGUCGGCGAGGUGUCUGUGGAGACUCCUGCUGGCCUGUGUGCCAGACUCGAAGCACUGGUGGUGAGCCAGCCUCCCCUGGGCGCGGAUGUUGUACUUGGCAUCGCAGGCAUCGAGGCACUUGGUGGAGUCACGGUGAAGUCUGCCUCUGAUGUUCAAUUCUGCGGCGCUGGACAGCGACGGUUGUGUGGCACCGCUGCCCCUGCGCCAUUGGUGGUGGACGCCCCUGACUUCAGCGUGCAGUUCAACACAGUGAGUCGGACGUGGAUCGUCACGUGGAAGUGGACGAAUGGUGCUGCCCCUGACUGUCUCGGCAACACAGUGGAGCAGUACAACGUGCCCCUUUCCAUGCGACAGGCGUUCUGCCAGGAGCUGGAGUCGUGGAUUACAAGUGGUUGGCUUGUACCUCACGAUGAGCAGCACCUCGGGGGGCUUCUACCGCUCAUGGCAGUGCGGCAGAACAAUGGCGGUAAGGUGCGGCCCGUACUCGAUUACCGUGAGCUAAAUGACUGCGUGACUGCCUUCACUGCCGACAGCGACGUAUGCUCUGACCAACUAAGGAAGUGGCGCCGGCAUGGAGAGAACGUGUCCGUCCUCGACCUACGCAAGGCGUAUCUACAGGUGCGUGUAGAUCAGCAGUUGUGGCCUUUCCAGACCGUGAUGGUGAGAGGUCGGCGGUACUGCUUAACGCGCCUUGGAUUUGGCCUCAACAUCGCUCCACAAGUUAUGAAAGCAGUUGUCAAGACCAUCCUGGCUCAAGACUCUAAGAUCGAACAAGCAGUUUUGCCGUACGUAGACGACCUGCUUGUGAAUGAAGACCUGGUCAGUGCAGAGCAGCUACGCGUCAACGCAGUUGCCGCGCCACCGAAACAAGUGACCCGCCGUGCAGUGUUUGCGUGGUGCGGGCGACUGAUCGCUCAUUUGCCGGUGGGCGGCUGGCUGCGACCGGCAGUGGCAUGGAUAAAACGGCAGGUGAACGCUAGUACCCGGGGCUGGGACGACGUGACGGGGGAUGACGCGCUGUGCGAGCAGAUGGAGUACGUGUCAAGCAGGCUGUCCAAAGAAGAUCCGUGCUGUGGGCAAUGGUGUGUGCAUGGAGACCAGGCAGUGGUGUGGACCGACGCCAGCUCUAUCGCUGCCGGUGUUGUUGUGGAAACACCGCAAGGAGCUGCCAUCGAGGACGCAUGCUGGAUUAGAAGAGAUGAGAGCUCCCAUAUUAACAUGGCUGAGCUGGACGCAGCAGUUCGUGGCGUCAAUCUGGCCAUCGCGUGGGGCAUGCGAACCAUCGAUCUGCGAACAGACUCUGCGACUGUCUACCGCUGGAUUGACGAUGCGCUGAGUGGCCGGGCACGUCUUCGCACCAAGGCUCAUGGGGAGAUGCUGAUUCGCCGUCGGGUAGAUGUCAUCCGGCAGCUGGUGACGGAACUUGAGCUGGUCAUGUCUGUGACGCUCGUACGCUCCUCAGAGAACCGCGCCGACGCCCUCACGCGAGUCCCAGGGAUGACGCGUGCUGAAGCACGUGCUACUGUGCGGCAGUGUGAGGUGUGCCGCAAGAUCGACCCAGCGCCGGCGAAGUGGCAGCACGGGUCAUUGAGUGUGACUGAGACGUGGUGGCGUCUGGCGACAGAUGUUACCCACUACCUCGGUAGCGCCUACCUGUCCCUUGUCGACUGCGGGCCGUCUCGGUUUGCUGCGUGGCGGCACUUACGUCGUCCAGAUGCGGACACCGUCGUCAGUCACCUGGAACAAGUCUUCUGCGAGCGAGGAGCGCCGGCGGAACUGCUCUGUGACAACGACACUGUCUUCCGAGGCCGGCGAUUCGCAGCUUUCGCGGCGCGCUGGGGCGUGUCGCUGCGCUUCAGAGGGGCAUACGUGGAAAGGAACCAUCGCACAGUGAAGGUGAUAGCAGCAAGGAAGGGCUGCUCCGUUGCUGAGGCAGUCCACCUGUACAACGUGACGCCCCGGGACGGGGAAACUGUGGCAUCAGCUCCCGUGAGUGGUAUUUACCGGUACCGAGUACGAGACUGCGUGCGGCACGAUCAGGUACAGCGUGCCGUUCACACCUCCCCUGAUGUUGCAAGGAAGAACUACACGGUUGACGAUGCAGUGUGGGUUCGGAGGCGGGGCGAGCGCUGCACCUCAGCAUCGCAGCCCGGCGUCGUCACCAGGGACUUGAGACACCGCAGCAGCCUCUUAGUGCACGAAGCUGGCACUCCAGAUGAACCGGGAGUAGAUGAUGAACCCCCGCUUCAUGUUGACGCGCAAAGCCAGCUGCUACAGCCGCAAGUGGCUGAACCCCCACCUGAGGCACCACGAGAAGCCGUGCUUCGAAGGAGUACCCGUGAGCGGCACCCUCCGCAGCGAUAUUGUUGUGAUCCUGGAGAUCAGGGGGGUGUGUAA